GUCGCACUCCUUACUCCCAGAGACCCUUGCGCUCAUGACGGGAUCGGAGCCGUUUGUUGCAGAAGACUCCAAGGACGAUGGCAUUCAAGUCUCCUCCGAGAUUUCUGUCACCGCACCAUUUAGCAACGACGAACCCAUCGUGACACGGAAAGAGUUGUGGAGCUAUUAUCUGUACUACAACGGUGACAAUGGUGUUGGCCCUCUUGGAUACUCCAUGACGCUCUUCCAGUCUCUCGCUACGUCUGCGGGAUUUGAUCCAACCCGUGGGCCAGGCUCUUCUUGCACAGAUGCGGGCGCAUCAGGCCAAUGCGUGCUUCCUUGGGCAGGCGGGACGAAAGCCGUCAGUUCCAUCGUGCUCAUCGCGAAUGGUGUCAGUUUCGCUGUCAUGACGAUGAUAUUCACGACUAUCGGCUCGGCCGCGGACUAUGGUAAUUUUGGGCGCUGGCUGCUCCUAGUCAUCACUGUCAUCUGCUGGGGUGCCCAAUUCGCUAGCAUGAGUUUAACUUCGCCCGAUCGAUGGGGGGUGGCAAUGGCACUCUUCAUGAUUGGAUUCGUCUCGUAUGGCGCCACACUCGUCUUUUACGCUGCUGUCUUCCCGCGGCUCGCGCGGAACACUCCUCAUUCACGUGCACUCAAAGAAUCGCUCGACGCGGGGGACAUCUCUCCCGAAGUCUACGAACAGGAGGAGAGCCUAGAGAAGAACAGGAUCAGCAAUAUCAGCACCGCUCAUAGUAAUAUUGGCUACAUAGCCACUCUGGCUUUGAACCUGUCCCUGCUCCUGCCACUCAAAGACAAACCCUUGGUCAAUAACUACACUAUCGUCUUGACAACCGGGUACUGGGUCCUGACCGGUAUAUGGUGGUUCAUAUUCCAGCAACCUCGUCCAGGUCCUUCGCUGCCAAGGGGAGAAUCAUUCAUCACUGUGGGCUGGAAACAAAUAUGGAUCGCGUUGAAACAGUACAAGAAACUUCCGUACACGUUCACGUACCUCUUUGCAUUCUUUCUCCUUGCAGACGGCCUGAACACGACCGGCACACUCAUCUCGAUCUGCCAGAACGACAAGUUCAACUUCUCGUUUUUACAAAAUACGUAUCUUGGUCUAGCGCAGGCGAUCACAUCCACUGCCAGCACGUUCGGAUUUUGGUAUAUUCAGAAAUACUGGAAGAUUAGUACGAAGAAAAUGUUCGUCGUGACCAAUGUCGUCACCAUUUUCAUUCCUCUCUGGGGUAUGAUCGGCAUUUGGACGACGAAGUUUGGCUUUCAUAAUGUUUGGGAGUUUUGGGCAUACAACGUCGUUUUUGGGAUUUUCCAAGCACCCUACUACGCCUUUUCCCAAACUAUGAUGGCCGAGCUGACACCCCCAGGAUUCGAUAACAUGUUUUUUGGCCUCUUCGGCCUCUCGAAUCGCGCGUCGUCGAUGAUCGGGCCGAACGUGAUACAAGCGAUCAUCGACCACACGGGCGACAACUGGCAGGGGUUCCCGUUCCUAUUCGCGCUCUGCGCCGCGGCGAGCAUCGUCAUCUGGUUCGGCGUUGAUGUCGAGCGUGGGCGACGGGCGGCCGUGCGAUGGGCACAGGAGCAAAGGGCGGCAAAUGCGCAUAGUGUGUGGGUCGAGUGAUGGUGGCGUCGACGGAUAACUUAGGUGAGUGUUGUGGGCGCUCGUGUGUCCGUGUCUCCGGAUUUAUGCGUGAUACGCGAGCAGUACGCGAGCCCAUUUGACUUUUUGUUCACUUCCUUGAGGAUCUCGACCUCCGCACUCCGGUGUUCUAGUGACUCACACGAGUACAUAAUGACUAUUUCAUUUUACACGUAC